UCUCUCUCUCUCAAUUCUAAAAAAGCUAAUGAUUCUCUUCCUUUCUUUCUCUCUUGAGGAUUUCACCUUUCUAGGGUUUUCAGUGAUCACCAUUAUUUUCACAAGAAAAAAAAGAGGAUACAAAAACCCAAUCAUCCUCAUUUUGCUGUGAGAAUUCUCCAAUAUUCUUUCGCUCUUCUUUGGUAUUGGACAUUUUUGUUUCGCAUCAAUUUCCUGAUUGUUUCGAUUCGAUUCGAUUCAAGGCGGUUGAUUUGUACUGUGUCCUACCCCCUAUUUGAGAUUCCUAAAAAAAGGAACCGGAUUCUGAUAAGAUAAGAUACGGUAGAUUGGGCAUGUCCUGAAGCCAUUUUGGUGAAUUAUUGUUGCUCUAGAUCUGAAGCUUUGAUUUUUACGAAUUCUGGAAACGAGGUCGUUUUGGGGGGGUUUGAGUUGGAGUAAUUGAUCGAUGAUAUGCGACUGAACAUGGCUGCCGGUAUGGAUUUUUCGCCUCCGACGACCAUAUUUGAAGGUGUUUGCUACAAUGACAACAUGUCAGCCUUGGAAGAUGAUGAUGAGAAUAUCAACGGUUUGAAUCAUAUUGCGAAUGGGAAACCUCCCCGGCAUCUCUCGGUAAUGCGGCACAGUUUGAGCUCCAUGAGGAUGCUCGCCCCUGAGGAUUUGUUGGAAGUUGGGGUUUUAGCCAGUAAGUCACCUUCGAAUGAGAAUUCAAACUUUCUCCCAGUGUUCCGAUCAGGAAGCUGUGCUGAAAGAGGACCUAAACAGUACAUGGAGGAUGAACAUGUUUGCGUAGAUAAUCUUGUUGAACAUCUGGGUGGAACCUCUGCCUUCCCUUCACCUGGUGCUUUCUAUGGGGUAUUUGAUGGCCACGGAGGCACAGAUGCAGCAUCGUUUAUCAGAAGCAACAUUCUUAGAUUCAUAGUUGAGGAUUCUCAUUUUCCAACUUGUUUGGAGAGGGCUAUUAAGAGUGCCUAUGUGAAAGCUGAUCAUGCAUUUGCAGAUGCAAGUUCUCUGGAUAUCUCCUCUGGCACCACUGCUCUGACUGCCCUUGUUUCGGGAAGGACCCUGAUCAUUGCUAAUGCUGGAGACUGUCGAGCUGUAAUGGGGAAACGGGGUAAAGCAAUAGAGAUGUCAAACGACCACAAACCAAAUUGUGCAUCAGAAAGGCUAAGAAUUGAGAAACUUGGUGGUGUGAUAUAUGACGGGUACCUCAAUGGACAAUUAUCUGUGGCUCGUGCUCUAGGAGACUGGCACAUGAAGGGACCGAAAGGCUCUGCCUGCCCUCUAAGUGCAGAGCCUGAGUUAAAGGAGACAUGCCUGACUGAGGAAGAUGAGUUUUUAAUAAUGGGGUGUGAUGGUUUGUGGGAUGUAAUGAGUAGCCAAUGUGCUGUAACGAUGGCGAGGAAAGAACUGAUGAUCCAUAAUGAUCCUGAAAGAUGCUCAAGAGAACUGGUCAGAGAGGCACUCAAGCGGCACACAUGUGAUAAUCUAACUGUUAUCGUGGUUUGUUUUUCCCCAGAUGCACCCCCUCGGAUAGAAAUACCUCAAAGCCGAGUCCGGAGGAGCAUUUCUGCAGAAGGGCUUAAUUUGUUGAAGGGUGUACUGGACUGCAACACAUGAGAGAAAUACCUCAAAGCCAAGUCCGGAGGAGCAUUUCUGCAGAAGGGCUUAAUUUGUUGAAGGGUGUACUGGACUGCAACUCAUGAGAUAAAAGGAACGGACCAUCUGUUUUAUGUACAGAAUUGCAAAGGUUUUAAAUUGGUGAGGGGGUAACAUUGUAUCCCAAGUUGCUGCUGUUGCUGUUCGCGUAGCAGUUAUUUGAGUCCAGCCUCAAUCAGCCUCAUUCAAGGGAAUAUUAUUUAUGCAGGGGGGUUAUUUGUAAUGUUGUAUAUCCUGUACAUCUAACAAGCUCUGUAGAGUGUUGUGUACCAUUGGAAGUAUUCAUAUUCAUUAUUUGAUUUCCACUUAAUUUUGCGAUCCA